UGGCUGAUGUUAACCACAUUGUAAUUUGAUAAACCUUCAAUCAACUUUGCUUUCCUUUUGUACCUCCAAGGGUGAAUUGCUGAGUCCCUGCCGAUGUGACGGCUCAGUGCGCUACUCCCACCAGCCAUGCCUUUUGAAGUGGAUUAGUGAAAGAGGAUCAUGGAGUUGUGAAAUUUGCUGUUACAGAUACCAUGUGGUAGCAAUAAGAAUGAAAAGACCGUGCCAGUGGGAACCUAUCACAGUGACAUUGGUUGAGAAGGUUCAAAUAAUAGCAGUGAUCCUUGGUUGCCUUUUCCUGAUUGCAAGUGUGACCUGGCUUUUAUGGUCAGCCUUCAGUCCUUCUGCAGUCUGGCAGAGAAAAGAUGUCUUAUUCCAAAUCUGCUAUGGGAUGUAUGGCUUUAUGGACCUUGUUUGCAUAGGUCUGAUCAUUCACGAAGGAGCAGCAAUUUAUCGAGUGUUUAAACGCUGGAGAGCUGUUAAUCUGCACUGGACCGUGUUAAAUUAUGAUAAAGCAAAUGAUUUAGAAGUAAACAGCCACCAUGCUGAAAGCUCAGUCAACCAGUCUCUUUGGUCAUCUCUGAAUCAGUUCAGAACACGAAGGCCUGUUGGCUCCACCAGGCUAAUGGCUGAACCAUUUCACUGCAGCUAUACUUUAUUACAUUUACUCAACCGAUUGAGAGCCCAAGAUGAGGAGUAUGAUGAGAACAGUUCUGCUGAGGUGGUAAUGAGGGUAACAACAGUUUGAAAGAGUGUUCUUCAUGGUCUAAUGAACUAAUGUUUAUUCCUGCCUUUGUUCACCAAGAUCAAACGUAUAUAAGAUAAAGAAAAGUAAUAUAUUAAAAAACCCUUUUAUAAAACGCAUGCACUUUUGCUAGAGUGCUGUCCUGCCAAUGUAAUAUAUAUAUAUUUAAAGACAUUAAAAAUGUUGGUUGAUUUCUAUCUAUAACUUAAUAUAUUAUGUUUCUUCAUGCAAUACUGUUUUUAAUUAUUUUGAAAGGCAAAACAUGGCCAAAAACAUUCCUUAAAAGUUAUUUGCUUUAAGGUCCUCAAUUUUUACUAUGAAACAAUUCCACAGUUUGUUUUAAAUAUUAUUACCUUACAUGGAAUACAACUAGGAGCUAGUUGCAAAACUAUGAUAAAUCAGUGAAAUUCAAGAUCUUGUUUUCUAACUAUUGUUCUUCCUUAAGAUUGUGACAUUUAAAAUUCCUCACAUUGAGAAAUCAGAGCUAGAAAAUGGAAAAAUCCUGUCUUCCCCCCCCCCCCCCAUUUGAUGUCAGUAUCAAGCAUUUUCCAUUCCCAGGCAUUGUACUGCAUGGAAUUAGAUGGAGGAUAAACCUUGCACUUUAUGGUCUCAAUAAUUUGCCUUACCUGUAAUCUUAGGGCAGCUUUUGACAUUAGCAUUUCCCAGAGAAGCAAUUUUUUGAAUAGGAUGAACAAUUGAGUGUGGUGAUCAGAGUGAAAUUAUGCAGAAUAUGAGGCAGUGAAAUGGAACACCUAUCUAGAGUUUGGGUGAAAAUGCCAGUUAGUUCCUUUACACUCCUGCCAGCUAUUAACUGGCUUAAAUUCAAGUGCACCCCUAGGGAAGGAAAAAAAUAGUUGCUAACCUCUAUGCUAUCCUUUGCUGAAGAGUUUUAUGUAAGUUAUUUGAAUGCAGAGAGCCACUUUUGUUGAAUUGUACAAACAGUCCUGUUAAUGUCAAACCUAAUAAUGAAUCUUGCAUAUAUAAGCCUGGGUGCCUUACCAGUAUAGACAAUUGCCUCAGAUCCCUAUAGAUUGACAUCAGAUAAUGCAAGUCUUCAGGACCUAUCUUCAUGACCUAGCCAAAUGCAUUAUACUGAUCAUGUGGUUGAAAGAAAGGUGAAGUUAUUUUAUGCAUUGAGAUACUGAGUUACAUACUCAUUGGUGUAUAUUAUAACAUGUUUUUUAGC